UUCAUGAUUUCAAAACAUGAUUUUAAUGUAUUUAUAAUGAAUAUUUAGUCAUAUUAACAUAAUUGUAGCCUAUUAUAAAUCCGAUUUUUCUUAUGUAAAUAUGAAUGUAAAUGUAUACGUAAAUUCAUAGAAGACAGGUUUUAUUAAAUCAUAUCUGUAUAGAGCAGGUGUUGCCGUGCGUUCGCGGUUUAAUCCUGUUGAAUGUAGUGAGUCUGCGUCCUGCCUGCCGGACUGUCUUCCUGGUUUCAGCUCUUUCGCCGCUGCUGUCAUCACAAGAGCUCGUCUGUGGCCUCGCUUGUCUCACUGUCUCCGGUAUUUACAGUUUCGACGCGCUCUUUCCCUCUCGUCGCUUUGUUGUAAUGGAGAAUUACGUGCUCCGGUCGUCCUGACAGGUAGUACGUUUCGCUGCGCCAGACACAUCUGAGAUCUUGGUUUAUGGUGUUUCUCAUUGACCUGACUAUCAAGUAUCUUUGACCAGCAUACUGCUUGUGACACUUACACAGUCGUGCUGCAGGUAUGGGUUUCGCGGAGGACCUGUGGUGCCCUCAGGGUCACGCCGCCCUAAUAAAACUACAAGACUCUGAGCUGCGUUUGAUGGAGGUUAUGAAGAAAUGGAUGACGCAGAGAGCCAAGAGCGAUCGCGAGUUCUCCGUGCAGCUGCAUCAGAUGUCAGCCAUUGUUGAGAAGCUGGAAGGAUCUCAGCCCGGAGGAAGUCUCGACUACAUCAGCCAGUUCAAUAAGUCGUGGAAUGUGCUGGUCAGUCAAACGGAGAGCCUCAGUCGUAUCAUACGCAAGCACUCGGAGGAUCUGAUGGUGGGACCCCUCAGCAAACUCACCCUCCUCAUCCGGGACAAGCAGCAGCUGAGGAAGGCUUACGGGGAACAGUGGAACCAUCUCAACCAGGAGCUGUGCAGGGUCACCCAAACUGAGCUGGACCGACUCAAGUCCAGUUACAGACAGCUAGUACGAGACACGACCCAGGCCAAAAGAAAAUACCAGGAAGCAAGCAAAGACAAAGAACGUGAGAAAGCGAAGGAACGCUACAUCAAAGCCACUCUGAAACUGCAAGAGCACCACAAUGAAUAUGUGCUGUCGGUGAAGGCUGCGCAGGUGCAUCACCAACUCCACUAUAGCCAAAGCCAGCCGGCCCUGCUGGGAGCACUGCAGACGCUGCAGGAGGAAAUGGUGCUUAUUCUGAAGGAGAUUCUGCAGGAGUAUUUCGAUCUGUCUAGUUUGCUUCAUGAUGAGGUGGUCAGUGUUCACGCUGAAAUGGCCAAUGCCCUGAAAGCCAUCCAGCCACAGACAGAGUACGAGAACUUCAUCCAGCAGAACAGGUCAAGAGGAGAGGUUCCUGAAUGUGUGGAGUUUGACAGCAGUUUGUUGGAGGACGCUGAAGGUCUGAAGCCUGAAGAUCUGCAGCUCAAUGAGCUCACAGUAGAAGGAAUCCAGCAUCGGCUCACCGCUGUGGAGGAGGAGCUCCUGGGUCUUGCUAAUACUCUUGGUUCUCAGCAGGCCACUGUCAACCAGCUGGAGCUGGAUCUGCAGAAUGAGGAGGGCUCGGCAAACACAGGCCAGAGGGUGUAUCAGUUCAGUAAGCGUAAUGCUGUGGAGGACAGCAGACAGCAGGUAGUUCUGUCCAUGGUGGCUCGAGCUCGUCUGGAGGCCCAGCGGAGGCUUCUGGCCGAUAAGCUUCAGUCUCUGGGCAGUAAGGAGGCUCCACCUAUAGGCCUGGAUGAUGAUCGGAUAUCUGUCACGUCCAGCAACUCGGAGCGCGAUAAAGACCAUAAGCUCCUCAACAUGGAUGUAAUCGUGAGUCACCUCAGCAGCUUGUUCAAGCCCAAGUAUACGGUUCCCCCCGCCCUGACGCCGGUGCCCGAGGUGGAGAAGCCGUUGACCCAGCAGAGCUGGUAUCACGGUGCCAUCCCCCGUCUGGAGGUGCAGGAACUGCUGAAGAAUGAUGGCGACUUCCUGGUUCGAGAAAGCCAGGGCAAACAAGAAUAUGUGCUGUCUGUGCACUGGGGCGGCCAGUGCCGGCACUUCCUCAUUCAGAGUACAGACGGUAUGUAUCGUCUUGACGGUGAAGGUUUCACCUCUGUACCACUGCUAAUAAAGCACCUCAUCAGCUCCCAUCAAGCCGUCACAAAGAGGACAGACAUUGUGCUGAAGAGACCCAUCCUUAAGGACAAGUGGGUCUUGGAACAUGAUGAUGUCAUUCUUGGACAGAGCAUUGGUCGGGCCAACUUUGGUGAGGUGUUCAGUGGGCGUCUGCGUUCAGACAAUACGCCAGUCGCUGUGAAAGCCUGCAGAGAGAAUCUACCUGCAGAACACAAGAACAAGUUCCUAAUGGAGGCCAGGAUCCUAAAGCAGUAUGACCAUCCAAACAUAGUGAAGCUAAUCGGCGUCUGCACACAAAAACAGCCAAUUUAUAUCAUCAUGGAGCUGGUGCAAGGAGGGGACUUUCUAACCUUUCUGCGCACAGAGGGCCACGACCUGAAGACCAAGAUGUUGAUCAAGAUGGCAGAGAAUGUGGCGUCUGGCAUGGCGUACCUGGAAAGCAAGAAGUGCAUUCAUCGAGACCUGGCUGCGCGUAACUGUCUCGUAGGAGAGGAGAGCGUGGUGAAGAUCAGUGAUUUCGGUAUGUCUCGUCAGGAGCAGGAUGGGGUUUAUUCUGCUACAGGAGGAAUGAAGCAGAUCCCAGUCAAAUGGACGGCACCAGAGGCCCUCAAUUAUGGGCGAUACACCACAGAGAGUGAUGUGUGGAGUUUCGGAGUGCUGUUGUGGGAGACGUUCUCUAGAGGAGUCACACCGUAUACCUUACCGCAUAACAUGAGUAACCAACAGACCAGAGACGAGGUGGAGAGAGGAUAUCGUAUGCCGGCGCCAAAUAACUGUCCGGAUGAAAUCUAUGCCCUCAUGUGUCAGUGCUGGCAGUAUGAUCCGAGAAAUCGACCCUCGUUCCGCAAACUAAAGGCAGAUCUGUGCGCUUUAUGUUAGUAAAACAUACACACAUGCACACAGUGUCUUAUGAUGAGGCCAAAACAAAGAUUUAUUUUUUUAAUUUGUGUGCCACAGUUGUUAAAAACAAAUAUGCAUAUACAGUAAAACACACCAUCAGUGCCUUCUGACAGAAUACUGUUAAUAAGAGUACAAUAUAAUUAAGAAUAUUUGAUUUUCUAUACAUACUGUAUUGAAUACUGUGCAAUGUGGUCUUCCAAAUGGUUUUGUUUGUGACAUCCUGAUGUUUCAAUAAUGAAUAAAUUAUUUUUUUGCAGAUGACACAUAU